CGAAGCGUCUGGAACCGCAUCCUCCGCAUCCACAUCCGCAUCGUCGUCCUCCCCGACCGCGUCCUGCAGCAGCUGCCAGUGGAGCCGCCUGACAAGGACUGCCAUCCACCAUGGUGAAGCUGGGCUGCAGCUUCUCUGGGAAGCCAGGUAAAGACCCUGGGGACCAGGAUGGGGCUGCCAUGGAUAGUGUGCCUCUGAUCAGCCCCUUGGACGUCAGCCAGCUCCAGCCGCCGCUCCCUGACCAGGUGGUCAUCAAGACACAGACAGAAUACCAGCUGUCCUCCCCAGACCAGCAGAAGAAGUUCCCUGACCUGGAGGGCCAGAGGCUGAACUGCAGCCACCCAGAGGAAGGGCGCAGGCUGCCCACCGCGCGGAUGAUCGCCUUCGCCAUGGCGCUACUGGGCUGCGUGCUGAUCAUGUACAAGGCCAUCUGGUACGACCAGUUCACCUGCCCCGACGGCUUCCUGCUGCGGCACAAGAUCUGCACGCCGCUGACCCUGGAGAUGUACUACACGGAGAUGGACCCCGAGCGCCACCGCAGCAUCCUGGCGGCCAUCGGGGCCUACCCGCUGAGCCGCAAGCACGGCACGGAGACGCCGGCGGCCUGGGGGGACGGCUACCGCGCAGCCAAGGAGGAGCGCAAGGGGCCCACCCAGGCUGGGGCGGCGGCGGCGGCCACCGAACCCCCCGGGAAGCCGUCGGCCAAGGCGGAGAAGGAGGCGGCGCGGAAGGCGGCCGGGAGCGCGGCGCCCCCGCCCGCGCAGUGACGUCUCCAGCCCCGCAGCCCGGCCCGGGCGUCCUCCGCCAGCUCCUGUGACCAGCGCGUCUCCCGAUGUUCUCCGCCGUGUUCGUGUCCCCAGGCGCCCUCGCUGCAGCCCCGCCCCCGUGGGUCUCUGACUCUGUCGCUUUUCUCUAAGUAAAGAUUUCACGUCCA